AUGGAGUUGGAGCCGUUGUCAUAUGACCCUGUAAAACAUGUUCUUCGCCAUCUGAAUCUGAUAACAAGAGAAAAAAUCCACAUGAAAAUACCAGAUCUGCGAAAAACCAAUGAGUUCAUUCCAUAUAACUUAAAAUCGGUCACCCUCGGCAACCAUUAUUUAGAUGUUGAAGGAAGAGAAUGGAAUAUUAUGGCGGCUCAUGAAGAAGUUCAUGAGCGUCAAGUUGAUCCAGAAGACGGCAAUAUUGGGAACAUUGUCACCUAUAUUGAUAUUCUCGGAAAAUCUUCUGUUCGAUUCAAUUCAGGUGGAUACAGAUUCAAGCAUGACGUUGAUGGAGGUCCUGACGAUUCAUUCAAGAAAUUGGUGGAUGGUUAUUUGGAGAAUGGAACGGUUAUUGAUCAAUUUUCGAUUUUUAGUUUCCCGACUUGUUGGGAAGGAAGAGAUCCGGAGAAAUUUAGAAUUCGAGUAAAUAAGUUGAAUGCCAGAAAUUCCGACUGGGAAACUUUCCGUAAAUUUCUUCCCUAUUUCGAUCAAAGCAUUCCAUUAAGACAAGUUGGAUUCACAUUUCGCAAUGUGUUCGUUCAAUUCUUCAAUGAACCAAUGAUUUUAAAUAGCCAGAGAAUCGUUCUCUAUUUCCCGUACUAUGACCCAGAUCCAAUCGAUGAUCUUUUCCUGACUCUGCCGCACAAACACAUUUCAAUCACUUAUCUGAAUUUUCCUAUCGAGAAAAUUCGAGAGUUGGCUGCUCAUUGGAAGGAAACUUCGAAACCGAUCGGGCAAACAUUUUUAUUGGUUAUUGAGCACUACAGCUAUGUUAUUGAAGUUCACGAUCAUUUGAAGCAACAUCUGGGGGCCAUCCCUUCCAAAGUUAUAAGUCUUGGAACUAGUUACUUCGCUCAUUCUGUCACAAUCCCCAUUAAUGAAGAGUUGGAGAUUGUUGUGUAUGGUGGAAAAGCGACAAUGAAAUGGCCUCCAUUUAUAUGGACAUUCAAGAUGGAAAUCAUGUCCCGUGGAUCCACUGUUCCUAAACCAUUGCCUCAAUAA